AUGGGGAAACAAUGUUGGGGUCUCUCUCUUCCUGACUUCAUUGAACCAGAAAUUUCAGGUGAACGAGUGCUUUGUUUUCAUGGACCUCUCCUUUAUGAAGCAAAGUGCGUAAAGGUUGCCAUAAAGGACAAGCAAGUGAAAUACUUUAUCCAUUACAGUGGUUGGAAUAAAAACUGGGAUGAAUGGGUUCCAGAAAGCAGAGUGCUCAAAUACGUGGAUACCAAUUUGCAGAAACAAAAAGAACUUCAAAAGGCCAAUCAGGAACAAUAUGCAGAGGGGAAGAUGAGAGGUGCUGCUCCAGGCAAGAAGACUUCUGGUCUGCAGCAGAAAAAUGUUGAAGUAUUUUUCAGACGAGAUGGAGCGCAUACUGUUUGCUGUUUGGAGACCCCUACAAUAUCGACGCGGAAAACAAAAAAGAACAAACAGAAAACUCCAGGAAUUGGAGAAGGGAGCAGUACCAGUGAGACACCUCAGCCUCCUAGGAAGAAGAGGGCUCGAGUAGAUCCAACGGUUGAAAGCGAAGAAACAUUUAUGAACAGAGUUGAAGUAAAGGUGAAAAUCCCUGAAGAGCUGAAACCAUGGCUGGUAGAUGACUGGGACUUGAUCACCAGGCAAAAGCAGCUCUUCUAUCUUCCUGCCAAGAAAAACGUUGACUCCAUUUUAGAGGAUUAUGCAAACUACAAAAAGUCACGAGGAAAUACUGAUAACAAGGAGUAUGCAGUCAAUGAAGUUGUGGCUGGAAUUAAAGAAUACUUCAAUGUUAUGCUGGGAACUCAACUACUGUACAAGUUUGAGAGGCCCCAAUAUGCUGAAAUCUUAGCAGAUCACCCAGAUGCUCCAAUGUCUCAAGUCUAUGGUGCCCCACACCUACUGAGGUUAUUUGUACGAAUUGGAGCUAUGCUUGCUUACACUCCUCUUGAUGAGAAGAGUCUGGCUUUGCUGUUAAACUAUUUGCAUGACUUCUUAAAGUAUUUAGCAAAGAAUUCCUCCGCAUUGUUUAGCGCCAGUGACUAUGAAGUAGCCCCUCCUGAGUAUCAUCGGAAAGCAGUAUAAUACUGUGCUGCUUUACAGUGAAGUGAUAAUUGGAUCCUUGGAAUACUGUCUACUUCUCCAUCUUGUUCUUCACCUUUCUAUUGCACAUGUCUCUAUUGCACAAAUUAUGUUAACAUAAAGUGAAUAAAGUUGUGUGUUUAAAACAGAACUGGCAUUUGCAAGUUCUGAAGAUGUCGUGUCCCGAAAUGGAAGCUUGGAGUUUAACGGGAACUCUUUGGUGUUUCUGGCUUGCUACUGUUGUUUGCAUCAAUGGAAUGUAAAAAGAAUGCGUUACGAUAUUUCAUUGUAUGGACUCUUCAGUGCUCGUGGGUCUGUUUUG